AUGCCGCUCCAUCUGGCGCACCACAAGUCGUACCACCCAUACAACCGAGAGAACAUCGAGCGGGUAAGACGCGAUGAGGAGGCCGCUCGACUUGCGGCGGAAGCCGCUGAAGGCAGAUCGCUGCAGGCCGACUCGGAGCGUCGGCUGGAGCUGCUGCGUCGGAACAAGGGUCGUGCUUCCGGCGGUAGCGAGCAGGAAAGGCGGCUGAGAGCGGCAGAGAGGGAGGUUGAUGGAAAAGCGGGUGCGCUGAAGGAAUACGACGAGUGCCAACUCGAAAAGCUUGGUGGCCGUGCGGAUGCAGACAACUUGGAGCGCACCUUUGACAGUGCCGGGCAUAUCAAUUUUUGGGCGCAUCUCGAAGACAACAACCGACCGUCGAAGAGAGCGUGCACGCAGGAACCUUCCAACGCUAGCCUAGCCUCAAAGCAGGUAUCAUCGUCAGCAGAAAAUUCAUCCAAAGCCGAUCGAGCGUACCUCUCCCAGCCGGCGCCCGAGAUGUCACCAUGGUACUCCUCGUCCGAUCUGAUUCCCGGCAAUGAGCGCACGAAGAGCAAACAUCAGAAGCUCAGGGAGGCGUACAAGGACUCCAAGCGCAAGAAGGAGCAUGAUCCCAUGAAUGUCGUUCGUGAAGCUUUCUCUUUCACUUCCGCGAGCGAUGCGACAACUCUGAACAGGGAAAAUGACAAGAGAAGGGCUCAUUUGCGACACUUCAACCUCCCUUCUGGCCCAAACUUCUCGUCAGGGGAGAGUCGUGCGGCACAAUCGAGCUCCCAGCGGCUGAAGCCUAAGCAGCAGGAAGCCAUGUCGCGGGAAGCAGCAGAGCGUGCGCGAGCCCAGGCGCUCAUUUCACAGCGACGUCUAGAGUGUGAGCAAAGUCGCGAAACACCAUUCUCCACACCGCUCGCAGCGCACGGCAGCUCCUCGAGUGCGUGGCAGUACAGCGACCAAUUCAACCGCGAUGACGUUCGUGCCGCGCACGCUGGCUCCAGUGCAGCGGUAGCAGAGACCAGGGAAGAAGAAGAGCGCAGAUGGCAGCGUGAGCAGGAGGAGCGCGAGCAGGAUCUCAAAAGUCGCUUAUUGCAUGGACGGCGAGAAAGCCAGGGCCAGGGCCAAGAAGCGCGAUCAGGUGCGUCCCUGACGACGAAGAGCGAUGCUGCGAUACCUACAGACGCAGAGCAGCCGACUGAAGAGCUCUUUGACCUGCAUUUUGCUGGUACCUCGACGCUUCUUACAUUGCAACAGGAGAAAGUCGGCAUAGGCGCAGCUUCAGUGACAAGCGCCGGGAUAGAGCGGAACCCAAUCGCGAUCGAUUUUGACAACGAGGACGGAGCAGUUACUGGUCGCGUCCACGACGUGCACGCUUUGUCGUCCCAACCGAUUCCUGUGCGCACACUUUCGGAUGAGUCAAGUCGAACAUCCAGUUCCACCUCGUGUAACCGGCUAGCCACGCCCUAUUCCCGGGAGUCGGAUCCUGAAGUUUUCCAGCGGUACCAAGAGUCGAUGUAUCCCACCAUCCUCGGCGAGAUGAUCCAGGUUGUUCUGUCUGGCGAAGCGCACCUGUUCGAGGAGCACGAAGUAAGCCUACUGCAGGCGUAUCAUGCGCUGAGUUAUCAGUCACGUUACAUGCUCGCGAGGCUCUUACAGCGUAAAGAUAUGUGGAUUAGGCUCAACAAGCUCGAUUAUGCGUCUGACGUCGAGGAUAUGGGUGCGGCAAUCUUGGAGCUGUGUGAGCUGCGCGUGCUGCCGCAGCCAGCGCCGACGGGCAAUGCCUCAGCUAUAGAGAAUGACGCCGCCGGCAAGGACACGAUGGCUGGAGCAACAGCAGCAGCAGAUGGAGAAGUAGCGCUUCGUUUCGCCAUUUCCGAAGCAGAUUUGGACGUCGACAUGGAGCCGAUCCUGAACAUGCUAACGCUCGAGGAGCUUAAGACGCUCGCAAAGAGCAUGCAGCGCCUCACGCCUGCGGCCAAGACAAAGCAGAAGAUCAUCGAGACACUAUUGAGGACCAAGACUCAAGGUUUGCUGGGCUUCGACGGCGAGGCUGCAGAGCCUAUUACGAAGAAGGGAGGCAGCAUGAAGCCUCCCGCCAACAAGAGGCAUCAGACGACGUUGAACUUUGGUCCUGCUACAAAGAAUGCUGACGGUGCACCGACAUCUUUGCCGACGAAGCGCAACAACCAAAAGGCUGUCCUGCAGGUCGAGCUGGCGAACCUCAUCGGCCGUUGCGUGCGCCUGAGCCCGAUAGCGCGAAAACUGAUCGAUCGUGUGGCCCUCGUGUACUACCGCGGAAACGUGCUGCAAGGUGCCUCGGUGUUAACGGGGGCGGUGCUGGCUCGCUCGCAAAAACGUAACUAUCCUGUCUAUGAGUAUGCGCGCUCCCCAUGCCUGUGGCCGACGCGCCAACACCUGCUCGCGUAUGAGGCGGCGCUCGUGCUUCAAGCGGAGAUGGAGCAGCUGCUUGACUGGGACGGAAGCAAGGAGGCUUUGGAGAAAGCGUAUCGCCUGUUUGAGAGCGUCUGGGACGACUGGAAAGCGGUGGUGGUGGACUGCGAGACGUUGCUCGAAGGCGUCGACCGUUUGACGUAUCAUCGCAUGCGCUUACACGCCGGCUGGGUGCUCACGCGCAUCAUCGACAAGGGCAUCUACUGCCUCGGACGCUUCAAGCUGUACGAGCGCGAGAAGGAUGUCCUGCGCGCGCUAUUGGCGCAAAAGGCCUUCCGACGCGGCAAGCGGGGCGAGUGGUACGACCGAUUGGCGCUGAUCCUCAUGCAGUACUCGGACGACAAGACGGCAGGGCGCAAAGCCGCGCUGGAAGUGUGCAUGCGCGGUUUGCAGGACCCAGAUACGCACAUCAUCUACCACGACAUGCUGCAACGGCGCAUCAAGCGACUCGAGUCGGCGCUGCGCAUCCCUUUUGCAGAGCAGCAUGAUUUCAGCUACGCAAAGCUGCAGCAGUGCACCGAGGUCACCUUCUCUGGCGUCCGGCUGGAUCAGAUGCUCGUAGAGAAGCAAAGACUCGAUCUCUUCGGCCGGCCCAUCAAGAGGCAGAUGCCCCCCGAAAAACGACCGGCGCUCCGUGCCAACUCGUCCAGCGAAUCACUCUUGGUUGGUGAUGGCAUCGGCAAAAACUUCACGCUUCGCAAGCCGCUGCAAAAGCAAGUCAAAAUUGAGCGACGCGUCUCGGCUGCAUCAGGGACGGCUGCCCCGCCUUCUCUCCCUCGCAAUGUCAGUCCUGUGAAAGAUGGCAGCAGCGCGCCGCUCCCUUUAUCCGCUGGGGAUGAGUAUCAGACGACACGUAAGGAGACCAAAGAGAGCAUGGCGACCGUAUGGCGCGGACUCGAUGGGCAGCCUUGUCGUGUAGAGGCGCUGUGUCUCCAACAUUACGCCAUGCAGGGUUUCAAAGGCUACCAUAGCGAAGGGGGUGUGCUGGUCAUGCUGUACGUUCUAUUGAUGUGGGAUAUCAUCUAUCAACCCAUCGAAGGCGCCUUUGAGACGGCGUACCAGAACGCGCCCCUCGACAUCAAUACGGAUGCGUUCGCUGUCUCGCGCGGCGCGGACAUCAGACAACGCCUCCACCGGAUCCAGAAUGACGGCGGGUUGGAUCUCAUCCGAGAGACCGACGAGAGGGAGCGGCCGAGAAAAACUUGGGCAGUUGGGUGUCGCUGGGACACGUACCCGCUGAAAGAUUUACUAGAGAUCGCUGAGUGCCUGGGCGGCUACUCGCUCUCUGUCAUCUGCCAGGUCUUCAGCGAAGAGUGGGAACACUGCUCCAGCGGCCUACCUGAUCUCUGCAUCUGGCGGCAUCGGAACCAUUUAGAAGAACAGGAAAGCAAAGGAGAUGAAUUGCAGGAAGCCGCGCUCGAUGCCGAGGCGUCUUCGGACUCGCCUGUGGACUUUUCGGCAUCCCUAGCAUCAGCGACAGCUCCUGCUGUUGCGCUCCCUCCGUUGCAGACGGAAAGCACGAGGGACAGGAAGAGGAGGCCCACCGCGGGUGGUGCGCUACGAGCUUUUAAGCCGCGCGUGCGCUUUGUAGAAGUCAAGGGCCCGGGCGACCACCUGCGCGAAAAUCAGAAGCUGUGGAUCGACCUCCUGCUCAGAGCGGGCGUGGAGGUGCAGGUGGCGUAUGUCGUCGAGCAUGAGAAGGCGGCGCAAGGAGGCGGCGGCGCUGGGUCUGCGUCUGGAUCUGGAUCAGAACCGUCUGGCAACAGCAAGGGAAAGGGGAAAUAA